AUCGUGAUUGGAGGAAAAUUAUCAUCAUUAUUUGUUUUUCAGCCGCUGUUAGUUUCGGCAAUUUUUGGUAAAAAUUGAAUCGCCAACGGAUAUGCCACGUGCCUUAAUAAAAUCAUUCAAUAGCACAAUUUUACAUGAUAAGCAGUAAAAGGGUAUAAAAUGUUUCGAUAAUUUGAUCGCAUUUGGACUUAAAAUCUUCAAUUAAUGCGGAAUUACUGUGGGGGCAGCUCCCGUCAGAGCAAGCGAACGUCAUCGAGUAGUGUUCUGCGCGUUCAUUGUUGGUUCUUUCGAUCGAGUUCAGUAAAAUAAGGAAGAACUAUCCAGUCCAUGAAACGGAGAAGAGCAAUUCUGCAGAUUUAAGUGCGACGAUGGCUGGCCCCGUAGAUACCAGGAAACGAUCUCGCGAAGAAGAGCAGAAUGAGUUUAUGCCCCUGUCGAAACGAAUCAACAAUCUGCAUCUGAACAAUAAUCAAGGCAGUCUGGGUGGAGUGCUGGCGGAACAGCUCGGAGCCACGGCGAACCACCACGGGCAGUUUGCUAUCGGUGGCCAGCCCGCAGACUACGCUAAUCAUGCAACUCAUCACCACAUGCACCAUCAUCAUCAUCAUCUCGGGCCCGGAAUCAUGAAUGGAGCAAGUGCCGUGGCUGCCAGCAACACAAGCAACACUAGCAGCAACAACGGCGGAGCCCUCGCACUAGCCGCCAACAGUGGUAGCAAUAGUCCUGCCUCGACACACGCCUCGACCAUCUCCAUCAACGGGGAAAUCCUCGGUGAAUACUGUCCCGUACUGUCUGCAGAGGAAAACCCGCACUACUUUACGAAGAACAAAGUGCUGUACGACCUGUACAUCGAGCGCAUGAGACGACUGCAGUAGGCUACUUUGUGUGAUACGCUUAAGCAAGAGGACGAUUCUUUCUUUUAGUACUGUAUUUUAUUCCGCGUGUACCGGGACUUCAAUCGAACUAAUCUCGCCCCCAUUAACUAAGACGCGAUGCGUUUGCUAAAAUCUAAUUUACUAAAUUUGUCAGUUUAGGUUUUUAUUCUUCACUAUGCGAUAGCAAACAUUAGGGUAACCGUUUGUGUUCGUGGCACAAGGAGUGUCUUCAUCAUUUCUUUUUUAUAUCCCUCGUAACGUUAACACCAGCCGCUGAGGAAUGGAAUGUAAGAAACUACUAUUAUCCAAAGACGCUUACGGAAAAAAUCAUUGCCCCGUUUCAGAGGGAAAAGAGUGAAUUAAUAACAAACGAAUGAAUAAAAGGGUCUGGUACUCGAAAUCAA